AUGGUCAACAUUCCAAAAACCCGCCGGACCUACUGCAAGGGCAAGGACUGCAAGAAGCACACCCAGCACAGAGUCACCCAAUACAAGGCAGGCAAGGCCUCGCUAUUCGCCCAGGGUAAGCGUCGUUACGAUCGCAAGCAGAGCGGUUAUGGUGGUCAGACCAAGCCCGUCUUCAGAAAGAAGGCCAAGACCACCAAGAAGGUCGUCCUCCGAAUGGAAUGCACAGUCUGCAAGACUAAGGCACAGCUCGCCCUGAAGCGAUGCAAGCACUUCGAGCUUGGGUACGUUCCCGGUUUCCGUGCUCAUAGAUAUUCACUAGAGUCUAUGCUAAUUCGUCCUCUCAACUCAACAGUGGUGACAAGAAGACCAAGGGUGCUGCUCUUGUUUUCUAAACGACAAAAAGAAAUAAAAUCUAAAACGAAUGAAAUACCUUCAACCACCUCUCUAUCUCUCGAUGGCAUUCUUCACAUCUUUUUUUUUUUUCAUCGCCCAGUGUGA